UUAAUUUCUUGAGCUAUCUAAUUAAUUCGAUGGCUUCACAUCUUUUUUUAUUUGUUUUCGCCCUUUCGAUGGCCGCCAUUGUUCCAUCGAUCACGGCUUGGGGUAAAGAACACAUCGUUGGUGAUGAAGCGGGAUGGAGACUCCAAUUCGACUACCAGGCUUGGGCUUACGGAAAGAAAUUUCACGUUGGAGACAAGCUUGUUUUCAAGUAUCCAACCGGAGCUCACAACGUGUUUCGAGUGAACGGAACUGGCUUCCAGAGCUGCAUUAGGCCAGCGAUUACCGAGGCAUUGGCCACCGGAAACGAUACGAUUCUGUUGGCAACUCCAGGGAGAAAAUGGUACAUGUGUGGUGUAGGGAAGCAUUGUGAGUAUGGGAUGAAAUUGUUUAUCAAUGUGCUACCUCUUUACAAUGCACCAACUCCAGCUCCUAGUCCUGCACCUGCUCCUCUCACUUAUGGCAAAGAAUUUAUAGUUGGAGAUGAAGCUCGAUGGACACUUGGAUUUGAUUAUCAAGCUUGGGCUAAGGACAAGCACUUUCGAGUUGGCGACAAGCUUGUGUUCAAGUAUACCCCUGGAGCUCACAAUGUAUACCGGGUGAAUGGAACUGGCUUCGAAAGCUGCAUUAGGCCGCCGGCAACUGAAGCAUUGACCACCGGAAAUGAUAUUAUAGUUCUUGCAACUCCGGGAAGAAAAUGGUACAUAUGUGGUGUAGGAAAACACUGCGAGUAUGGCAUGAAGCUUUUCUUGACUGUUUAUUGAAUCACCCAGACCAUCGAUAUCUCAACUAUAAAAAAUGCUUAUAUAACUUAAAUUCAUCGCAUAGAGGUAACCGUCUAUUUAUAGUGUGAAGAAUAGUGUGAUUAAAUUAAAAUUAUGAAACAAUAAA